GGCCCCGCAUACCAUUGCGGAGCGUUUUGCUUUGAAAGAACAUCAUCUGAAGUCCUAUUUCCUGCCUUGUGGCUGGCUUGACGGCAGGAGCGCAGGUGGAGCGUCUCGGGUAGGACCGUUCACAUCUGUCUUGGAGGAGAGAGGGGGGGAGAAAACCUGGUCUGCUCAAGACUGGAUAAAAAAAUAAAAAAUACGCACAUGAACGUUAACUCUUCCAGGCUCUACCCAGGGAUAUUUACAAGCCCCAAGUCUGGAGAAGAAAGGGAUUGCCACAGAAAAAGAAGUUGCUGCCUGCCACGAUGAUCGUUGUGCCCAAAGCUGUAUAAAUCGUCACAUUACAUCCAGUUUUGGCAAAGAAUGGAUCCAUUAUGAAAUGAAAGGAUUGGAUGUUCCAAGAGACACCAGAAACCUCCAUUACCCAUAGACUCUACUGCUCCCCCUCUGUUUUCUCCAGCUUGCACUCCUGUCAAAGAUCACAAGAUCAGACUUCCCAGAAGCAUUUGGCAGUAGCUGAAAUUUCUUGGAAACAGGGCUUUUACAGACAAACAGUCUGUUUUUGAUUUAGAAUACGGCUCUUCAAAAAGAUUUAAAAAAAAAACAAGCAAACAAAAACACCUGCUGUGUUGAAAUUAUUAUACCCUCUCCCACCUCCCUUUUUACUCUUCUGCAAUUCAUCUUUCCCAGAGGUACCAACUGAUGGAGGUGCAAAGGAGAGAGUCAGGAUAAAGACAGAAACGGCAGUGGAGAGUAGAUGAAAAUUUGCUCGUUCAGAAAGGGGCUCCCUUGAGGAUUACAUUUCCAUUGAAUCUUGAAUCUGAACAUUUUAAAACAAUUUUGGUGUACAUUUAAAACCUUAUAUCCAGCAUCAAGCUAGGCCUUAGCUCUGUGACCCAUUAGCCGUCAAAAGGAUCUAGUAGACAUAGGAAAUCUUUGCCUCUUUUAGUAUGACGAGGGGGUUAAGAUUACUGGGUUGGCCCCUGUGGCCUCUUGUCCUUUUCAACAUGCUCACUACGGUGAAGAUGCUGGAAUUUGGCGGGGCGCCAGGUCAGUAUGCUCGUUAUGGGCGCUGGGAAGCUGGAUCCGUGGGGGAGCUGAGCUUCAGUCUCAAGUCAAACGUCAGCCAAGCCUUGGUACUCUACCUGGAUGACGGCGGGAACUGUGACUUUUUGGAACUGUUGAUUGCUGGUGGUCGCCUUCAGUUGCGUUUUGCCAUCCAUUGUGCUGAACCUGCCACAGUGCACAUGGAGACCCGGGUGAAUGACGACCGCUGGCACAUGGUCUUGCUCACCCGCAACUUUCGCGAGACCCUGCUUAUGGUAGAUGGGGAGACAAAAGUGGCCGAGGUUAGGUCGAAGAGGAAAGAAAUGGCUGUGGUCAGUGAUUUGUUUGUGGGUGGAAUCCCACCUGAUGUCCGCCUCUCUGCACUAACAUCAAGUACUGUCAAGUAUGAGCCACCUUUCCAGGGAUGGAUCUCCAAUCUGAAGGUUGGAGAGAUGCCUCCAACUUUGUUAAAUAGCCAGGGCAUUCAGAGUGACUUGGAGUACCUCUGCACCAAACAGAACCCAUGCUUCAAUGGAGGGUUUUGUUCUGUUCAAUAUGGAGAAGUUCACUGUGACUGCACCCACACCCGCUUCAAGGGGAAGUACUGCAAGGAAGUUGAAGAGUAUGCUGCUGAAGGUCUGGCGCACCUGACGUUAAACGACCAAGGAGACUCAUCUCCCGUUGGUAAGGAAGAAUCGGUCGCUACCUUCAAAGGCAACGAGUUCUUCUGCUACGACUUGUCCCUGACACCCAUCCAGAGCAGCACUGAUGAGAUCACGCUUUCGUUCCGAACGCUGCAGCGCAACGGGCUCAUGCUGCACACUGGUAAAUCGGCAGACUAUGUGAACCUUUCUUUGAAGAGUGGCGCGGUCUGGCUGGUCAUCAACCUGGGUUCCGGGGCCUUUGAGGCCCUUGUGGAGCCUGUCAAUGGCAAGUUCAAUGACAACGCCUGGCAUGAUGUACGCGUCACCCGCAACCUGCGCCAGCACGCAGGCAUUGGACACGCUAUGGUGACCAUCUCAGUUGAUGGUAUUUUGACCACCACUGGUUACACCCAGGAGGACUACACCAUGUUGGGUUCUGAUGACUUCUUUUACAUUGGAGGGAGCCCCAACACCGCAGACCUGCCUGGAUCACCAGUCAGCAACAACUUCAUGGGCUGCCUUAAAGAUGUGGUCUACAAGAACAAUGAUUUUAAGCUGGAGCUCUCCCGACUGGCCAUCGAGCGUGACCCUAAAAUCACGCUGAAUGGUGACCUGGUAUUCCGCUGUGAGGACGUCGCGGCUUUGGAUCCCGUAACCUUCGAGACCCCCGAUUCCUAUAUCUCUCUGCCCAAGUGGAACACCAAAAAGACGGGAUCGAUCUCUUUCGACUUUCGUACCACGGAGCCCAGUGGCUUGUUGCUAUUCAGCCAUGGUCGUCCUCAAGGUCCUAAAGAGCAGAAGCCUGGAAGGGAGCUGAAGACUGAUUACUUUGCCAUGGAACUUCUGGAUGGUUAUUUGUACCUGCUGAUCGAUAUGGGCUCCGGCAAGACAAAGCUGAGAGCCAGCAACAAGAAGGUCAAUGAUGGAGAAUGGUGCCAUGUGGAUUUCCAGAGGGAAGGGAGGAAAGGGUCAAUCUCCGUCAACAGCCGCAGCCUGCCCUUCAGCUCCCCGGAGGGCAGUGAAAUCCUGGACCUGGAUAGUGACAUGUUCUUGGGUGGGCUGCCCGAGUCUAAGUCCGAGCUCAUCUUGCCGCCAGAGGUUUGGACAGCGCUGCUCAACUACGGCUACGUCGGCUGCGUCCGAGACCUCUUCAUCGACGGCAAGAGCCGCGACGUCCGCCGCCUGGCAGAGAUCCAGAGUGCUCUGGGCGUCAGCAGCUUCUGCACCCGCGAGCUGCAGAAACGAUGCAGCAGCGCCCCCUGUGGAAACGCUGGUCUGUGCAAAGAGGGCUGGAACCGGUACAUAUGCGAUUGCACUGGUACUGGCUACCUGGGCACCAACUGUGAGAUAGAAGCGACAGUCCUCAGUUACGACGGCAGCAUGUACCUGAAGAUCAUCAUGCCGGUCACCAUGCACACGGAGGCUGAGGACGUGGCGCUGCGCUUCAUGUCCCAGCGGGCCUACGGCCUGCUCAUGGCCACCACCUCCAAGGAGUCGGCAGACACCCUGCGGCUGGAGCUGGACGGAGGCCGCGUCAAACUCACCGUUAACCUGGAUUGUAUCAGGAUAGACUGUAGCCUCAGCAAAGGACCUGAAACACUCUUCGCGGGGCAGAAGCUGAACGACAACGAGUGGCACACGGUAAAGGUGGUGCGGAGAGGCAAGAGCCUGCAGAUGUCUGUGGACAACGUAACAGUUGAAGGCCAGAUGACUGGCGCCCACACGCGUCUGGAGUUCCACAACAUUGAGACGGGCAUCAUGACUGAGCGUCGCUUCAUAUCCGUGGUGCCGUCCAACUUCAUCGGCCACCUCCAGGGCUUGAGCUUCAACAGCGUGCCAUAUGUGGACCAGUGCAAAAACGGGGACAUCUCCUACUGCGAGCUGAAUGCUCGCUUCGGCAUGCGUCACAUCAUUGCAGAUCCGGUGACGUUUCGAACGAAAGGCAGCUACUUGGCACUAGCCACGUUACAAGCUUACGCCUCCAUGCACCUCUUCUUUCAGUUCAAAACCACCACGCCUGACGGCCUGAUGCUCUUCAACUCUGGAGACGGGAGCGACUUUAUAGUUGUGGAACUGGUGAAGGGGUAUGUCCACUACGUGUUUGAUCUCGGCAAUGGCCCGUCGUUGAUGAAGGGGAAUUCUGACAAACCACUCAAUGACAACCAGUGGCACAACGUGGUGGUGUCCCGGGAUGCCAACAACGUACAUACACUCAAAAUCGACUCGCGCACCGUCACUCAGCACUCCAAUGGAGCUCGUAACCUGGACCUCAAAGGGGAGCUGUACAUCGGUGGCGUGACGAAAAACAUGUACAGCAAUCUGCCCAAACUGAUUGCAUCCCGGGACGGGUACCAGGGGUGUCUGGCCUCUGUGGACCUGAACGGGAGACUCCCUGACCUGAUCGCAGAUGCCCUCCACAGGGUGGGCCAGGUGGAACGAGGCUGUGAUGGACCCAGUACCACCUGUACGGAGGAAUCCUGCUAUCAUCAGGGGGUGUGUCUCCAGCAGUGGGAGGGCUUCACCUGCGACUGCACCAUGACGUCCUACGGAGGCGCGUUCUGCAACGAUCCUGGGACAACCUACAUCUUCGGGCGAGGCGGAGCCCUCAUCACAUACACCUGGCCACCCAACGACCGGCCGAGCACACGGGCAGACCGGCUGGCAGUGGGCUUCAGCACGCAGCUGAAGGAAGCAAUUCUGGUCAGGGUGGAGAGUGCCAAAGGACUGGGAGAUUACCUGGAGCUGCACAUAGAGCGGGGAAAGAUCGGUGUGAUCUUCAACGUGGGAACGGACGACAUAACUAUCGAGGAGAGUGCUGUCAUGGUGAGCGACGGCAAAUACCAUGUAGUGCGAUUUACGCGCAGUGGUGGUAACGCCACAUUACAGGUGGACAACCAGCCUGUCAUCGAACGUUUCCCCUCAGGGAACUUUGAUAAUGACCGCCUGGCUAUUGCUAGACAAAGAAUCCCAUACCGACUUGGUCGGGUAGUUGACGAGUGGCUACUCGACAAAGGUCGGCAGCUGACCAUCUUCAACAGCCAGGCGUUCAUCAAAAUCGGUGGUGGAGAGAAGGGCCGCCACUUCCAGGGCCAGAUCUCAGGCCUGUACUACAACGGCCUGCAGGUGCUCAAGCUAGCAGCUGAGGGCGACCCCAACGUCCAGACCCACGGCAAUCUGCGACUGGUGGGGGAUGUGCCCUCAGUGCUGAGUACCGACACCACUUCCACCACCCCGCUGGCUGAUAUGUCCACCACCAUCAUGGAGACAACCACCACCAUGGCUACGACUACCACACGCAAACAACGCUCGCCUACCAUGAGGGACAGUGUCACGCAGAAUGCAGAUGACAUCUUAGUUGCUUCGGCUGAAUGCCCUAGUGAUGAUGAAGAUUUGGAGGAGUGUGAGCCUGGAAAUGGAGGUGAAUUAGUGUUGCCCAUAAUUACAGUGGAUUCCCUAGACCCCCCAUCAAUUGCCACCCGCUACCCGGUAAUCCCCCCGCCCCCCACCACGUUCCACCCCUUCCUGACCCUGCUCGAAACCACCAAAGAGUCGUCCCCCCCGGCCCACGGCCGGGCCCCCUGCCCCCUGGACCAGGAGGACUGCGAGGAGGCCAUUGAGGUGUCGGCCUACGGCUCGGGGGAGAUGACGGAGACGGACGACGAAGACUAUUACAAAAACUCCCCCCUAGUCACCGACAGGACUGUCCUCCCUCCCCCCCCUGCGGCCGAGGGUGGAGUCCAGAACCCCCGAGACCGCCACUCCUCCCGCCACCCCGUCUCCCACCGGCCCGCCCAGUCCUCCACCCCCACGGCCAACCCCGAGCAGCUCAGUCCGCACAUCAAGCAAGCCGGCGGCGGCAGCAGCGGUAGCAACAACAUCCCGGCCGGGAAAAUGAACACCCGGGACCAGGUGCUGCUGCCACCGGCCCACCCGUCCCCGGACCCCGGCCACCGCAGAACCCCGGGGAUAACCUACCCUCCUAACUUUCCCCAUGUUCCCACUCCAGACCCCACGUCCCCCGUCGCCGUGGAGGUGCAGCAGUCCAGCAGCACCACCGGCAUGGUGGUGGGCAUCGUGGCGGCGGCCGCCCUCUGCAUCCUCAUCCUGCUCUACGCCAUGUACAAGUACCGCAACCGCGACGAGGGCUCCUACCAGGUGGACCAGAGCCGCAACUACAUCAGCAACUCGGCCACGCAGAGCAACGGCGCUCUGGUGAAGGAGAAACAGCCCAGCACUGCCAAGCCCGUCACCAAGAGCAAGAAGAACAAGGACAAGGAGUACUACGUCUGAGGGGGACGCCACGGCCGCGCAGAGACACACGGCAGACACACGUAGAAAAGGAAAGAAACACGAGAGAAAGAGAGAGAAGUUAGUCCACGGAGAACAGCAACUAUAACAUUGUGGCGAAUUUAUUUUAAACUCAGUAUUGUCAAGUUCUGGUAGUUGUGUGUGUUACCAUUAACACUCUACUAAGAGGGGAGCAGCACAUUCAGACGGCACCGUUGACAUACCUCUUUACACACCUUUAUGCACCGCAUUGAUCUGGAUAAAUCGUGAAUUAAAGUUAACCUGAACGGCUGUUAACACCUCGUACCGCAGCGCAUACUGUGCCAACAACCAUGUAGGUAACGCUGAUGAAACAGUGGUACGUGGGUUAGCAUUUUACAGUCUACGUAAUACCAUGACUACUUUCUGAAAGCAUAACUAACAGUAUUUGUGUCAAGGUUUAUGCUUCGUUCUGAGGGAAGCUCAUCACCUUAGAAAGUAUCAGCCAAUUAUUAUCUCAGUAGGCUCAAAUAAAAACUUGGAAUCCCUCUUUCAAAAAAAAAAAAAAAAAGAAAAAACCACUGCCAGCUUCCAGAAAUCCUCCAUGAAUCUCAACUCUCACAGCUGUAUGUAUUCAAGUGUCUGGGUAUCUCUCUCCCUUCCUCUCAUCCGCUGCUGCUCUGUUUCUCUUCUUAUCUACAGUGCUCGGCAGCUGAUGCAAUAUUAGCUCCGCUGCGUUUCAAGCAUGUAGUAUUCAUUUACAAAAACAAGAUACGAGUUUUUCUUUCCGUGGAGUUUGAAAAAAAAAAAAAAAAAAAAAGAAAAAAAGAUGCUGAUUGAUAAUUAUAAACAACGUUAAACGUAGCAAAUAUGUGAGAUACCACCACUCCAACCUGAUGGAUGCUAACAUGUACGUUUAGCUGCCAAAACCUUGAGGCCAAAACCCCCCGCGGUCGUCCUUUGUUCCAGAGAGACGCGUCUCUGGGGCGUCGAUGCGCCCCCUGUUGGUCCUGGAGAGAAACUGUCACGUCCUUACAGUUACUAAUCACCAUCAAGCAGAACCAACGUCAGCAAACCAGAGGAACUCUGUCCUGUAUCAUUAUAAAUAUAUGUAUAGACGUUGCAGAAACUUACGGACCUAAAUCCUGAGCAAGUCUAUCAGUGAGUUUUGCUGAAAUGCCCAGCGAAGAUGGACUUUAGGAUUUUUGACCUCUGAAGAAUCUGACCCCUCUAAUUGCAGCCUGUUCUUCAGACCCGCCCCCCCCCCUCUCGUGAACAGAAUGGCUGAUGAAAUGCUUCGCUGCAAGAGUCAUUAUGGUUUGUGGUUCUUUUUUUUUUUUUUUCUUUAAUUCUUAUCUCUGAAGAAAUGACAUUUUAGUUUAAUACUGAAUUCAUUCUUGCUGGAGUUCCACUGUGGAGAGAGUUAUCUUGCAGCUGAAAUGCAACUUUGUCCCUUGCCCUUCUCUUGCCUGACUGGACUGGUUGCAGCCAAUAGGCAAAGCUAUCGUCGUGGCAAGAGCACAUGAGUAAAAGGUGAACAGCAGUUCCCUGGAAGAUGUACAACUGAACUCUAGUAUUCAAAUUUUCUCAACUCUAUUAAAAAAAGAAAACUGAACCAUGAAAAGAAUAUUCCUGUGAAAUGUCUAAAUAUUUGACUCAUUCCAUUACUAAGAGAAAUGUGUUUUCCCUAAUAUCAUUCCUGUUUGAAAAAAGAAAAAGACAAUACUUCUGGGAAAAUAUUUUGUUUUAGUAACUGAGCAAAUGUGAUUUGGGUUAUAAACAUUUAACAACACAUUCUCCUCUAAAGGAGAUACAUUCUUCUUUUAUUCCAUCCUCCAUCUGUUAUCUUAAUUCUUUUUUUAAUUAUUAUUUCUUCUUUUUUUCUGUCCUGCAUCUAUUCCCUGUAUGGCAAAUUGUAUGUUUCAUAUCCUGUGGAGAAAGCGAGCUCUGUCUAGCCUCCAGCUUUUGUUUUGUAUCUCUUACUAUCCGUCUGGCGAGGGAUGCGAUGGCGGCCCUCCUAGCGUCGUGCGGCGUCAUUUUACUCUCCUCCCACGUUUGUCCUUUUUUUUCUCUUUUUCCAUCCUAAGCAUACGCCUCCCAGUAUCUUCCUGUUCUUUCUAAAUGUUAUUGUAAAGUGUUCCAGUGAGAUGACUCUAAAUAUGUGUACAUUAACAGAGGGAAUACA